AUGGCACGUCUGGUGGCGUACUUACUGGCACCAACAUUUGCUAUAGCUCUUCUAGCUUCAACAUUUGCUUCUGCUGAAAUUGUAGAGCAUUCAUUCUAUGUGCAAAAUGUGACCAUCUGUCGUUUGUGCCAAGAGCAAGUGAUCGCUGCAGUCAAUGGAAGGCUUCCAGGGCCAACGAUAAGUGUUCGAGAGGGUGACACUCUAGUCGUUCGUGUCUAUAAUUUGUCACCAUAUAACAUAACUAUUCACUGGCAUGGAGUUUUCCAGUUACUAAGUGGGUGGGCCGAUGGACCGGAAUAUACGACUCAGUGUCCGAUGCUGCCUGGACAGAGCUAUGUCUACAACUUCACCAUCACCGGACAGGAAGGCACUCUCUGGUGGCAUGCACACGUCCAAUGGCUUCGAGCAACAAUUUAUGGGGCACUCAUUAUCCGGCCAAGGGUUGGUUGUUCAUAUCCAUUCCCAAAACCCUACAAGGAGGUCCCGAUUGUACUAGGAGAGUGGUGGAAUGCUAACGUUUUUGAGGUGGAAAGCCAAGCAUUAGCUAGUGGUGGUGCUCCUAACAUCUCUAAUGCUUUCACCAUUAAUGGUCAGCCCGGAGAGUGGUGGAAUGCUAACGUUUUUGAGGUGGAAAGCCAAGCAUUAGCUAGUGGUGGUGCUCCUAACAUCUCUAAUGCUUUCACCAUUAAUGGUCAGCCCGAUACAUUCAAGUUGAAGGUGGUACAAGGAAAAACCUAUCUUCUACGUAUUGUCAACGCUGCACUCAAUGACCACUUGUUCUUCAAGAUAGCCAACCACAAAAUGACUGUCGUCGCCGUUGACGCCUCCUACACCAACCCUUAUGUAACCGACGUUGUCGUCAUAUCCCCCGGCCAGACCACCGAUGUCCUCUUAAUCGCCGAUCAGCCACCAGCAUCUUACUACAUGGCAGCACAUGCCUACGAUAGCACAGACGGAGCAGUAGCGUUUGAUAACACCACUACCACCGGAAUAAUCGUCUACGACUACGCCACCUCAUCAGCACCCAUAAUGCCGACCACCGAUGUCCUCUUAAUCGCCGAUCAGCCACCAGCAUCUUACUACAUGGCAGCACAUGCCUACGAUAGCACAGACGGAGCAGUAGCGUUUGAUAACACCACUACCACUGGAAUAAUCGUCUACGACUGCGCCACCUCAUCAGCACCCAUAAUGCCGGUGCUACCAGCCUUCAAUGAUACACCCACUGCCUUCAAGUUCUUCAGCAAUCUAACUGGGCUUGUUACUUCACCUUUCUGGGCCCCAGUACCACUGAACGUGGAUGAACCCAUGUUUAUCACUAUUGGUUUGGGCCUUGCUGCAUGUGCAGCAAAUGCCACCUGUGGAGGCCUAUUUGGCCAACGCUUCGCUGCGAGCAUGAACAAUGCAUCUUUCCAGCUCCCCACCAAGUUGUCAAUGUUACAAGCUUUUUUCAACAACGUUGAUGGAAUCUACACCACUGAUUUUCCUGAUCAACCACCAUUGAUAUUUGACUACACUAAUGCAAAUAACAGCUUAAAUCAAUCCCUUUUGAUANCUCUAAUGUAA